AUGGCAAUCCUCGGAGACGACGAGCAUACACCUAACGGUGCGCACGCGGAGGUUUCCGACAAUGAGCCGGUAGCUGUGGCUCCCGAGGUGCCAGCGAUGCUCCAUGCUUCAUCAAAAGCCGUCAGCAACCACACUCCUUCGCGCCUUGGAUCUUCUCGUUGCAGAGCCGUCGAGCUUUUCGCCUUUAGCAAACACCAGGCGUCCCAAAGCCUGAAUUGGAUUGGGGACGAAGACCAAAAGGAUGCAAUAUGGGGCGCUGCAAGUGCCCGCCUCAGCGAACGCUCGGGCAGAAGCGCAAUGCCUGCCAUGACGCGCUCGUUCGAGAUUUGUACCGACCUCACGGUUAAUUUGCAUGAGCCUACCUUGACAGAAGACAAUCUUGGGCUCAAGACCUGGACCUCAUCGGUCUUGCUGUCACGCCGGCUCCAAGAUUGUCGUAGAUAUCUUCCAACCGAGCCCACUCGAGUGUUGGAGCUAGGUGCCGGCACUGGUUUGGUCGGGAUUUCGGCCGCAUGCAUAUGGAAAACUCAUGUGCUGCUAACUGACCUGCCGCAGAUCCUACCAAAUCUUCGAGGAAAUCUUGAGCAAAACCAGGAAUUGAUCACAAGGAGUGGUGGGAGCACUGAGUCACGGGCACUUGACUGGGUUGAUGAGACGGACACGCCAAAACGUGACGAAGACAAGUUCAUGGUUAUUGUGGCAGCCGAUUCUAUCUAUUCUCCCGAACACCCUAAGAUGCUUGUGAAUGCUGUCACUCGCUGGAUCUGCCGUUCGCCAGAGGCCAGAUUCAUCAUUGAACUUCCGUUACGUGAUGGUUAUGACGAGGAGAGACAAAAUUUGCGCAGUAUAUUGCAACAGAACAAGUUUGACUUGGUACUCGAAGGCACAGAGGUCGGUUUUGACGAUUGGUACCAACAAGAUGGCAGCCCAUCCGAGGUUACAUGUUGGUGGAGUAUAUGGAGGCCCAAUACCCAGGUCUGA